UAAAACAGGCUUCUCCCUUAACUAAACAGCGUGGCAUCCUAGUAUCUCCUCUUUGUAACCUAGGGCGAAAACUGAACCCCUCUCUCUCUCUACAAUGGCGUCUACCAAGCCCGGAAAGCGGUCAUCCCUCAUUAAAUCAACAAGCAGGGACAACAACCAAGGCGGCAUCCUGACCAGGGUAUCGACCGCCGUCUCCCAGUCCCCGAUCUUGGCCCAAACCAAGCGAGCCGGCUCCGACGCCGGCUACGUCGCCAACCGCCUCCUCAAGAGCACCGGCAAGGCCGCGUGGAUCGCCGGCACCACGUUUCUCAUUCUCUUCGUCCCCCUCAUCAUCGAGAUGGACCGCGAGCAGCAGUUCAACGAGCUUGACCUGCAGCAGGCCAGCCUCCUCGGUACCCCCCCUCCCUCCGUCCUUGCUCCCCCGAAGUGACGUCGUCGUUUUGGUUAAAAGGUAGGGUUUUUUUUGGGACUCGUGAUGGUAUCUGUGAGGGUUUUUAGGGUUAUUUAUGUAUUUCGACGUUGCUGAAUUGGUGAUUUUGGAAUUUUGGAUGGUGAAUUUCUCUGAUGAGCAUCUAUUUGAGCAAAUUUUGGUGGACAA